UGUUCCACCUUGCUUUAUGCAGGGAAAUUGACAAUCGUCCUACUCUUGAUGCACUAAAGAUAUGUCGUGAAUAUGAUAACGCGGCAAUUAACCUUGCAGUUCCAGUCGUAGAAGAAAUUUCCAAAAUAUCUGAUGUACCUGCAUCCAUUGAUCCGACGAAGCCCAUUUGGAUUCACGGCAAAAUCAAUCUGCAACUUGAAGGUGAUAGUCUUUGGUAUAUGGCUUAUAGCAACUGUUUGAAAACAAUUUAUGCAGAUUGUGAUACCCGAGUUUUUUGCAUGCAUUGUGGUAAGGAGGAUGCAAUUGGUACUCCAAGAUCCAAAGUUAAUGUCUCAAUCACCGAUGUUACUUCAACAAUUGAUGCCUCGGUUUUUGGGCAAUGCGUUGAGAAACUUCUGCUCAUGACUAGCAAACAGAUUAUGGAAGUAGAGCUACAGGGAAAGAAUGCAUCAUUUCAAUAUGCAAAUAAGCGCUUGGAUAAAGAAGAAUAUAUUGUACAGUUGAGGUCCGAGACAGC